UGCAAAACUGCGAGAGAAGCGGUGAUUGAAGAGCAGAGCGGCGGCAGCGACGACGGCCAUCUUAGAGCUACCGUGGUAACCUCAUCUUCUGGAUUUUAUUUUUAUUGUGGGAGAAACAUUCCGCCUGGCUGACGUGGGAAGAAGAAGCUUUUUUUUUUUUUAAUUCGCCGUGGUUGAACUCGAAGUCGGGAUGCGGGUCCGAGGGAAUACACCAUUUGCAUCCGCUGUCGGACUGGUCCUCGGACUAUUAUGUGCGGUGGAGGCAGCUAAAGUCAAUAAACACAAACCAUGGAUCGAGACGACGUACCAUGGGAUCGUAACGGAAAACGAUGAUAAAGUACUGCUGGACCCUCCUCUAAUUGCACUGGACAAGGAUGCUCCUCUACGCUACGCAGAGAGUUUUGAGGUGACUCUCACUGAAGAAGGUGAGAUUUGCGGCUUCAGGAUUCAUGGGCAGAAUGUCCCCUUUGAGGCAGUGGUCCUGGACAAGUCCACUGGCGAAGGGGUCCUCCGGGCCAAGGACAAGCUGGACUGUGAGCUGCAGAAGGAGCACACCUUCACCAUCCAAGCCUACGACUGUGGAGAGGGUCCCGAUGGCACCAAUAUGAAGAAAUCCCACAAGGCCACCGUCCACAUCCAGGUAAACGACAUCAACGAGUAUGCACCGGUGUUCAAGGAGAAGUCCUACAAAGCCACCGUUAUCGAGGGAAAGAAGUACGACAGCAUCCUGAAGGUGGAGGCAGUGGACGCCGACUGCUCUUUCCAGUUCAGUCAAAUCUGCAACUACGAGAUCGUCACCCCUGAUGUGCCCUUCACCGUCGACAAAGAUGGUUUUAUCAAGAACACAGAGAAACUGAGCUACGGCAAGGAGCGCAUGUACAAGCUGACUGUGACCGCCUACGAUUGUGGAAAGAACCGUGCCUCCGAGGAUGUUCUGGUCAAGAUCAGCGUCAAGCCCACCUGCAAACCCAGCUGGCAAGGCUUCAAUAAGAGGAUUGAAUAUGAGCCUGGCACAGGCAGCCUGGCCCUUUUCCCCAGCAUGCACUUGGAGACCUGUGAUGAGCCAAUCACGUCCAUCCGAGCCAACAUUGAACUGGAAACCAACCAUAUUGGAAAGGGCUGUGACCGUGAUACCUACUCUGAGAAGUCACUGCACAAGCUGUGCGGAGCCAGCACCGGCACCGUGGAGCUUCUGCCUGCACCCAGCAGCGCCGCCAACUGGACCGUCGGCCUGCCCACAGACAACGGGCACGACAGCGACCAGGUGUUUGAGUUUAACGGCACUCAGGCCAUCAAGGUUCCCGAAGGCAUGGUGAGCACCAGCCUGAAGAAGCCCUUCACCAUCUCUGUGUGGAUGAGACACGGCCCCGGGGCCCACGAGAAGGAGACUAUCCUCUGCAACUCUGACAAGACAGAGAUGAACAGACACCACUACUCGCUGUACGUCCACAACUGCAGGCUCAUCAUGCUCCUCCGCCAGGACCCAUCAGAGGCCGAGAACUACAAACCAGCCGAGUUCCACUGGAAGCUCGACCAGGCUUGUGACAAAGAGUGGCAUCACUAUGUGCUGAAUAUCGAGUUCCCCACUGUGUCUCUGUUUGUGGACGGGACCACCUUCGAGCCCUUCCUGGUCACAGAGGACUACCCACUGCACUCCUCCAAGAUCGAAUCCCAGCUCACCAUCGGUGCCUGCUGGCAAGACAACUCAGGACAUGACAAUGACACUGAGUCAGUCUCUGAGCCCACCUCAGGUGGAAAUGCUAAGAUGGCUCAGUUCUUCCGGGGCAACCUAGCUGGGCUGAUGAUCCGCUCUGGCAAGCUGGAGAACAAGAAGGUGAUCGACUGUUUGUACACCUGCAAGGAAGGACUGGACGUGCAGCUGCCUGAGGAGAUAGCUUCAGCUGUCAAGGUUGAGUUUAACCCCAACCAGUCCUCUCUGACCGUGGAGGGAGACGACAUCGAUGCCUUUGACAAGGUCAUGCAGCACAUCUCCUACCUGAACUCUCGCCAGUUUCCCACACCUGGUAUCAGGCACCUUCGCAUCUCCACCACCGUCAAAUGCUUCAACGAGGAGUCCUGCGUAUCAGUGCCAGAUGCUGAAGGUUAUGUGAUGGUGCUGCAGCCCGAGGAGCCAAAGAUCAGCCUGAGCGGGAUCGAUCACUUUGCCCGCAGCGCCGCAGAAUUCGAGAGCCAGGAAGGUGUGACGCUGUUCCCCGAGCUACGCAUCGUGAGCACCAUCACCCGCGAGGUGGAGGCUGAUGCUGAAUCUGAAGCAGCAGAGGGAACUGAUGAUGACCCUACAGUCCAAGAGACCGUGGUGUCAGAGGAGAUCAUGCACAACCUGGACACCUGUGAAGUGAGCGUGGUGGGAGACGAGCUGGACGGGGAGCACGAGGGUCUGGAGGUGGACAUGUCUCAGCUGCAGCAGCACAGCCUGGAGAUGAGCUCCUCUAACCUGGGCCUCGUCAUCACCGGUGUGAACACCAUGGCAAACUACGAGCAGGUCCUGCAUCUCAUCCGUUACAAGAACUGGCACACAGAGGCUCUCUUUGACAGGAAAUUCAAACUGGUCUGCUCUGAACUCAACGGCCGCUACAUCAGCAACGACUUCAAGGUUGAGGUUAAUGUAAUCCACACAGCUAAUCCUGUGGAGCAGGCCAACAACGCCAUGGUGCAGCCCAACUUCAUCAACCCUGUGCAUCACGCCUCUCUGGAUCUGUCCGGGCACAACCUGGUCAACGCUCACCAGGCCUCAGUCGUUCCCAGCGCAGCCACCAUUGUCAUCGUGGUGUGCGUUAGCUUCCUGGUGUUUAUGAUCAUCCUGGGUGUGUUCCGCGUCCGAGCCGCACACCAGGGCACCAUGAGGGACCAGGAGAGCGGCAAGGAGAACGAGAUGGACUGGGACGACUCAGCCCUCACCAUCACCGUCAACCCCAUGGAGACUUACGAGGACCAGCACAGCAGCGAGGAGGAGGAGGAAGAGGAGGAGGAGAGCGAGGACGGAGAGGAGGAAGAUGACAUCACGAGUGCUGAGUCAGAGAGCAGCGAAGACGAGGAGGGGGCAGAGCCGGAGGACCAGCAGGCGGCCAGCAGACAGCAGCAGCUGGAGUGGGACGACUCCACCCUCACCUACUAAACACACACACACACACACAUACACACACACACACACACAUAUAACACUAAACACAAGCUCACACACACAUCACCGACUCACACUCACUCACAUCCACACACACACCCCCCCCUACAAGGAGCCAUGAUGUGAAAAAAGAAAAGCUAAAGAAAAAUUCCCUUCUGCAUAUAUAUGGUCAAGGCUUUCCUGUUGUUAUCUUAGUGGUGGUACUCAGUGUAGUGUAGUCAUCACGGAUUGCUGAUUUUUACUGUUUAUUUUUGUAUUUAUUAUAUUUUAAUUCCCAGGAAAGCUUGGCCAACAUUUGUUCUGAACUGUGUGAGGAAGCCAACCCUGCACUUUUUUUAUUUUCUCUCAGACGUAAAGCGAUCAUAUGGAGACUUUUUUCCCCCCUAAUGUAUAUUCUUUGCAUAAUGCUUUUAGAUUUGUUCGCCGCUAAUCUCACGUAUAAGCUUGACCUGAGUUCUCUUGACUUGUAGUCCGCAGCGAAACAAAACAAUGCUUUCAACGAGCAGACCGCAUUUUCUUUUCUUUUUUUAAAUUCUUUUAGUGCAUGAGCAUAUUUGAGAAGUCAUAUGUGUAGAGAAAUACAUUGCUUUUUAAAGAUUUUGUAAAUAUAAAGAAAUCAUGUAAUUAGUCGAUGUGUUAGUGAAGGCCUACUCAAUGGGGUCCAAUAUCUAAAAUGACGCAGUUCGUAAUGUAGAAUAUUUGUGUCACACAGGCUGUAGCAUGUCGCUAAAUUUCCGCGAAAGCUGUUCCAUCAUGCUUGUAUAAAAAUGUCUGCUUCUUGAUGAGAAACCCAGGACUGUUGAGCGGAGGUUUCCAUGACAAAGUGGUGGCCAUUUUGUCUUUUUUUGCAAAGAGAAAAAUCAUUUAUUUCUGUUUCUGGUAGGCAGGACUGGUGGAUGGUUUUAGCUUCAUACAUUGCCCUGCUUUGCUUGCACAGGUAGCAAUGCUCUACUCCGGGCGUCAGUGUAUUUCAUUCCCAAAAGAUCUCACUGUUGUACAGAAGGGAUUUUGUUUUUGUUCAGAGUAAUAAUACUUGGAGAAAAGCUAAUGUACAAAUGGACAUGUAGUGUAAAACGGUACAAACACAAGGCCAGCAGGUACUGUGGGCGGUUUUAAAUAUGGGUACAAACAUUUCUCUGCCAGUGUAUUUGGGCUCAGCUGCUAUAAAAGCUGUGUCUGUAACCCUGUCCUGCUGCACUGACAGAAGUAGGGAGGAAAUACACCUUUAAACUCCUGAAAGAGCAGAGACUGAGCUUUAGUGCAGCUUGGAUGUGUGGUGCAGUCACUGGCUUUUAUUUGGAGGGGAGAAAUUAAAUGAAAGUACAUUUCAGGAAGUUGCAAUUUUAUUUUUCACGUCUCUUCACGGCUUCUUAACCUGAUAUAAUAAACCGGUUUCCUAUAGCAAAAACUGUACAGUCUUUAUCUUAGGACUUACACCUGAACUGCAUAAACUACAAAAGGAAAACAUUUAAAAAUUGAUCUUCUUGUUUGAAUCUUAAAAGGAAUUAUUUUGGUCGUAGACCACCAGAUUUUAUCGUACAUGAAACUGUACUGUAGAGUUGUUUACAGAUAUUUGUUUACAUUUGGUAAACUUGUUUUCCUUCUGGUAUUAGUAUAAAGCUUAUACAAUUGAUUGGGAAAAUAUGUCCAACCUGUAUCUCCUCUCAGACACUGUUGUCCAUCACUGUUGUAUACAUCUUUCACACAACCAGAUACAAAUAUUCACUCACGCUUAGUGUUUGUUUUCCAAGUUAAAAUGUUAACCUUUCCCAAACCUGCAUUAACUAAAGCGGAACAAAUUUGGGAGCUUCAAGUGAAUGGAACGUGGCAUUAUCCGCCUGAAAUAUGUUUGUGAUUUGAGUCUCGUAUUUUGCAUGCAAAUCUAUUUUUGGAAGCCACAAUUGAACUCAUUCAAGGCUCUUUUUCUUAAAGACGGUUUCCCGGCUUCUGUUGAGGGUUUGAGUCACAGUUAUUUUUCUUAAGCUGAAAUAAUUUAUAAUUUUAAAAGGUCUGUGUUGGAAAUGUAGUAACAGUCUCCCCUCCACGAUGACUUGGACUUUAGAUAAAAAGGUGGCCAGGUCAGAGCCGGCUGAGAUGGGAGUGCCUUUUUCCGAUCAUAGCGCAAUUAGCAGGUCUAACAAAAGAAACACUCAUCCGUGCUCUUUUUAUUUGUGGCCAUUUUUGUUUUUUAUUUGUAUUUGUUUAAUGCUAGAUUUCUUACAGAGCUGGGGAUUAUAUUUUGUUUCCGUUUGUUGUAACAAUAGUCCACUGCUAGGUUUAUUAAAGUGAAAAAAUGUUUUACAUAGAUGUCAUGUGUCCAUGUUGUGUAGAGGAAGUAGAUCCAUAUUGUAUCUUCUAUAGAAAUUGUACUAAAUCAUUGACGGAGUCCACCUUUAAAAAGAUGUACAGUACAUUAUGAAAUUGCUUUGGCAGCAUACAUGAGUAUACUGUAAACUGGUCUAUUUGCGUAUAGUGGAAGGUCAUUUUGAACAGUGUCCUAUUGCCUGAGUGGUUGGGAAAUGAUUUUGAGGGCAGCAUGAAAUUCACAAGAACCAGAGUAUAAGCCGGUCUCAAUUCUCUGUCUCAUUUCGUCAAACACUUAAUGUCCACAUUUCAUCUACAAUUCUAAAGUACAAUACCAUGGGUCACUGAUAUGUGCACACUGACACACGGUGAUGCCACCAUGUCCAGUUUUCUGGGUUUAACGCUUUCCGAUCAGCCCUCGCGUUAAGUGUAACUUGGUUGACUUGAAUGUCACUGCCUAACAAACUGAAAUGCAGCCAUACUGUAAUAACACUCAGAUUUAAGGGGAAUUUACUUUGCAUGAACCACAAGUUUGUGUACGUUGUGCGACAAGAGACACACUACUGAUUAUCAGAUUGUCUGUUUCACACGUCCACAACACUCCAGAUAUAUAUUUUUUUCUUUUCUUUUAAAAAUGUGCUCAAAAUGAAAGGUGACAAUGUUUUCAGAACGGUUGAAUGCUUCCUUUGUGCUUGUUGGAGCUGCUCUCACUUUUCUACACGUUGAAAGGCAAAUUGUAGUGAAGUUGAUGCUUGCUCGUGAACAAAAAUAAAGGAUGAUGAGAUGGGGUAUAA